AUGACGAGAACUGGAGACCAGGGUGAACGCGCAUUAACUGUAGUGAAGGAUACACUCGACGACAUCAAAAGUCGUCCCCAUCGUCAACAGGUUAUUAUAGGUGUAGGAUCAGGACUACUUGCGGGUUAUAUAUUCGCGAAGAUCGGCAGGGCUGCUGCUCUUCUUUUGGGUGGAAGUCUGAUUGCCUUACAAUGUGCCGUCCAGCAAGACGUUAUACAUAUCAAUUGGAGGAAAGUGGAACGUGCUGGUGACCGGAUACAGUCGAACACACCUGUCAUCUUCGAAGGCAAGCGUGCAUUGAAAAAUAAAAUUAUUAAAACAAUUGAAGAGAAUCGUGUAUUUUUCGGUUCAUUCGGUGGGGGGUUCCUAAUUGCUAUUUCAUUUGCUUAG